UGAUUUCAUGAAGAAGUGCACGAUAAAGUUAAGUCAACAGUGUUUGUCUGUCUGGAAUCAUUGUUCAAUAGCUUCAGUCAAUAUUUUAUUGAAGAAAUGGCUUUGAAUAAACUUGGCAUUGAUGCAAUAGAUGUUGCGAACAAAAGAGUUUUAAUUAGAGUUGAUUUUAAUGUUCCAUUGAAUGGAAAAGAAAUUACCAAUAACCAGAGAAUUGUUGCUGCCUUACCAACUAUUAAACACUGUUUGAACAACAAUGCCAAUAAUAUUGUUUUGAUGAGUCAUCUCGGACGACCUGAUGGUAUGAUUAACCAGAAGUAUUCUCUUUCUCCUGUUGCUGAAGAGUUAAAGAAAUUAUUAGGAAAAGAUAUACAAUUUCUCCCUGACUGUGUUGGUAAUGAUGUAGAAACUGCAUGUGCUAAACCAGCCAAAGGGACAGUUAUACUUCUUGAGAACUUGCGUUUUCAUAUUGAAGAAGAAGGAAAAGGUGUUGACAAAGAUGGCAAGAAGAUAAAAGCAAGUGAAGAAAAUGUGAAAAAAUUUCGGGAAAGUUUGUCAAAAUUGGGUGACAUUUACAUAAACGAUGCAUUUGGGACAGCUCAUCGAGCACACAGCUCAAUGGUUGGAGUUAAUUUGCCUUUGAAAGCUGCUGGUUUUCUGUUAAAGAAAGAAUUGGUGUAUUUUGCAAAAGCUUUAGAUUCUCCAGUUCGACCUCUUCUGGCCAUAUUAGGAGGAGCUAAAGUCAAAGAUAAAAUACAAUUGAUUGAAAAUAUGUUGGAUAAAGUAAAUGUGAUGAUAAUCGCGGGAGGAAUGGCUUUUACAUUUGCCAAAGUUCUUUAUAAUAUGAAGAUUGGAGACUCUUUAUUUGAUGAAGAAGGUUCAAAAAUUGUUGAAAAAAUAUCUUCUAAAGCCAAAGUGAAUGGCGUUGAGCUGCAUUUCCCAGUUGAUUUCAAAAUAGGAAGUAAGUUUUCUAAUGAUGCUGAAGUUGGAAAGACAACGUUAGAAGAUGGUAUUCCAAAUGGUUGGAUGGGACUUGACAUUGGUGAAAAAACUAUUGAAAAAUUCACGAAAGAAGUCAUCCCAAAAUGUCACACAAUUGUCUGGAAUGGUCCUCCAGGAGUUUUUGAGUUUGAUAAUUUCUCCCAUGGUACCAAGGCUGUAAUGGCUGCCGUAGUUGAAGCAACGAAGAAUGGAUCUACCACCAUUAUUGGUGGCGGUGACACAGCAACUUGUGCUGCCAAAUACAAAACUGAGGACCUAGUUAGUCACGUGAGCACAGGAGGUGGAGCAAGUUUAGAGUUGCUCGAAGGAAAAACAUUACCCGGUGUUGCAGCAUUAUCUGAAGCUUGAAUUACAGCAAAAAAUGACGAUUAACGAUCAUAGUAAUUUAGAAAAUAGUUAUUGUGUAAUGUACUGAAGUACUGUAUGUAUUUGUGAAACAAAAUAUAUCUUUUUUUCCGAUA